GAUCCGACCGCAUCACCAGGUGGCUUCGCGGCGAAGGUUCCGGGAUCUUCUGGGAGCCUGGGAGUGAAACGGCAUGGUGGCGGUGGAUCUGAUCGCGUCCUGCCUCGACUCCAUCCGCCAGGUUCGAUCUCUCCCCGAGUUCCCCUUUGCUGGUUCCGUAUUCUUUGUCGUUUCACUCUGCCUGUUAAAAAAGCCGAACAUUUUAGAACGAAUUGGAGAUGAGAUUACAGACGCGCUAGUGUACCUAGACGCAGGCACCCUGGAGGCGUUCCAGCUCGUAGGAGCGUUCCCUCUGCUUCUCGAGCUUGGCGCUCGUGCAGUCUGCAGCUUGGAAAGCACGUCUCCGCUUGAUGCUGCUGCUGAGUGGAAUUCAAGUUUUGCUCAUCCAGCAAGGAAGAUUGUCAUAAUCACAUCUCGCCUUCUUAGCGAUGCACAUCGGUACAUUCUACGCUGCUUGGGCAACCAUGGAACUGUUUCACAUUGUACUGUAUUGACAGCGAUAUCCGAGAUUGGUCACUCAGCCUACGUUGAUUCCCCACUUGGACCAGAUGCUUUCCGAGAGUAUGAGACAUUACUAGUUCAGGAUCAUGAGGAGCUUCUGAAGAAGAGUGGGAAGUUGAACAAGUAUAAAGAUAACAUUCCUUACACAGAGAGAGAUUUUACCUCAGAUGGUGAUAAUAAGUGGGGUUCUGGAGUGCACUAUGGCCCUUCUGAAUCUAGCCCGAGGAAAAAAGAUUUCUCUGAUGAUGAUUUAGGCCAGGUAGAAGCAGGAGGAAAGAGAUUGUCUGUAAUCGUGUGUCACUUUCCGAUGAUUUUCUCUCCUAUUUCCUCAAGGACUUUUGUUUUGCCUUCGGAAGGUACAAUUGCUGAAUCAUAUUUGUCAAAUCACCGUGAGGAUUCCCUUAGCCCUGGUCUACCCUCCAUAUCUACUGGUAAAGCUUUUGAUGGUGAUGAGGUGCCCCCUGGAGUAACGUUGACUGCUCAAUUCCUGUACCAUUUGGCCAAUAAGAUGGACCUAAAGCUUGAUAUAUUUUCACUUGGUGAUACAUCAAAAGUUAUUGGGAAACUGAUGAUGGAUAUGUCAAGUCUAUAUGAUGUUGGUCGUAACAAGAGUUCUGCUGGUCUACUGAUUGUAGAUCGAACAAUCGAUCUCCUAACUCCUUGCUUCCAUGGCGACUCAUUUCUUGAUAGGAUGCUGUCCUCGUUGCCACGCAAGGAAAGAACUUCGUCCUAUUAUGUGGCAAAAAAUCCUCAAACUCCCAGUAAGCAUACUCAAGCUGCUGUUAAACGUUCCCCACUAGAUAUAAAGGUCCCUUUCGAAACAGCCUUUAGCAUGGAAGAAACUAAGAGUAGGACCAGUAUGUUGUCUGAAAGUAUGAUGGCAUUUGUUUCUGGCUGGAACUCUGCAGAUAUUGACUCUGAAGUUACCUGGCUACCUGAUUACACUGACAAAGCACAUGAUGACAAAGUAGGCAGUAUAAGUGGUUCUUUCUUAUCCAACUAUGAUGGAGAGCGCUACUUAGAAGCAUUACUAGACAGAGGAUCAAAAGAUGGGUUAAUGUUGAUUAAGAAAUGGCUUAUGGAGGCUUUAAAGCUCGAGAAGUUGUCCUUUCCAUCUAAGGGUCGACAAGCAGCUUCUGUUUCAGAGCUUCAUUCUAUGGUGCAAAUGCUCUGUCAACACCAAUUGUCCUUGGUAAGAAACAGAGGGGUUAUUCAGUUGGCAGUGGCUGCAGAAAUGGCUCUCCAGGAACCUCAAAGUACUCGCUGGGAUGCCUUUACAAGUGCUGAGAGAAUAUUAAGUGUAACAUCAGCAGAGACAACACAAAGUCUUGCCAGCGAGAUUCGUGAUUUCAUCAACACUAGCACUUCAGUGGAAUCUCACAAACAAGAUAAUACCAUGGGGUCUUCGCAAGGCCUUCUGACUUUCCAGGACAUAUUACUUUUAACUAUUAUUGGGUAUAUCUUGGCUGGUGAAAACUUUCCUACAUCGAUUGCUGGUGGUCCGUUCUCCUGGGAAGAUGAGCGGUCACUGAAAGAUGUUGUGGUGGACUCUAUCCUUGAGAGGCCAUCAUCUGUGAAGUUCAGGUUCCUUGACGGCUUGGAGAAGGAACUUGAAGCUCUAGCUAGAUCUAAAGAUGCUGAUAGAAAUAAGGACUCCAGUGAGCCUACAUCCACCACUACUGAUGAUUUUGAUGACCAAUGGGAUAACUGGGACGAUGAUGAUAAUACUGAUAAUCAAAAGGAGGAAGCUUACGGGAACAUGCAACUUAAGUUGGAAGUACGGGAUAGGGUGGAUCAACUCUUUAAAUUCUUUCACAUCUUGUCCAGUAUGAGAUUAAGGAAUCAAGUUCUUGGAGAAGGGUUGGCAGCAUUGAGUAGAUUUGAGACUGAUAGCUACUCAAGAAAAUGCUUGCUUUACAAGUUGAUAUUAGCUGUCUUGACUAGAUACGACAUACCUGGGCUUGAGUAUCACUCAUCAGCUGUUGGCCGUUUAUUUAAAAGUGGGUUGGGUAGGUUUGGGCUUGGACAGUCUAAACCAAGCUUUGGCGAUCAAAGUGUUCUUAUCAUUUUUGUUGUGGGAGGUAUCAAUACUCUGGAGGUCCGGGAAGUCAUGAAGGCAAUCUCAGAGAGCAGCAGGCCUGAUGUGGAGCUUAUUCUUGGUGGUACAACUCUUCUUUCCCCAGAUGACAUGUUUGAGUUGAUGCUGGGCUCGUCCAGCUUUACUUAGACUCUGACACCAGUUCUGUUUGCUUCCAAGAGCUGCUUAAAGGUACAGGAGCAAUCAUGUAAACUCAAUCUGUACAUUUUAUUUACCCUCCAAGAAGAAACUUUACUGGCAUAGAGAACUGUCAAAUUAGUCACAGUGUUGUAACUCAUAUAACUUCCCUCAUUGCUGAGGAGCUUGUAAGAUAAUAACAGGAUUCCUGCCCCACCUUCAAACCAGUAAUCUGAAGUGUACCUUUGCACUA